UUUCGUUCUUUUUGUGAGGCUUUUGCGAUCAUGACAAAAGGUACCUCAAGUUUUGGUAAACGUCACAACAAAAGUCACACACUAUGUGUGCGAUGUGGAAGGUCAUCUUUCCACAUUCAAAAGAAGAGGUGUUCACAGUGUGCUUAUCCAAAACAAAGGAUGAGAAAAUAUAACUGGAGUGUGAAAGCCCAGCGUCGCCGAACAACUGGCACAGGCAGAAUGAAACAUCUGAAAAUUGUGCAACGAAGAUUUAAGAAUGGUUUUAGAGAAGGUGUUCAAGCCAAGUCGAAGAAAAGUCGUAUUGCUGCACCAGCACCUGCUUCCAGUUAAAUAUGAAACUGUUUUGUGAAGACAUUAAAAUUUACAAACUGUA